UUUCUUUCUGCAUACGCUUACGUCGUGCUGACAACAGCAUGGCGUCUGCAGCGAAGCGGCGUGCGAUAGGAAUGGAAAAGGAGCCCAGUGAGGGCACAUCAGACGAGGAACAAGACGAAGAAAGCGACUCUGACAACAGUGAGGACACUGAAGAAGAGGAGGAGUUAGACGAGCAGGAAGUGAAAGUAGAUUUUGAAGCACAUUCUCUCUCAGAAAAUGAUUUCAAUGGGAUAAAGAAACUGCUUCAGCAGGUAUUUUUAAAAGCCAAUAUUAAUACUUCAGAGCUGACUGAUAUUCUCAUACAGCAGAAUCAUAUUGGAAGUGUAAUCAGGCAAGCAGAAGUUCCUGAAGACAGUGAUGAUGAGGAUGCAGAUGAAGUUUAUGGAUUCAUCAGCCUUUUAAAUCUAACAGAAAGAAAAGGCACCCAGUGUGUUGAACAGAUAAAGGAAGCCUUGUUAAGUCAAUGUGAGAAGAACUGUAAGGAAAACAUUUAUGAGCAGCUGAAUAGGAUCUUGAGUGACACCUCCAAGCCCGUGGGCCUUUUAUUGAGCGAGAGGUUCAUAAAUGUCCCACCACAGAUUGCUUUACCUAUGCAUAAGCAACUUCAAGAAGAAAUCACAGAGGCCCAGCGAACCAAUAAGCCUAGUGGCAAAUGUCACUAUUAUCUUCUAAUUAGCAGAACAUUUAAAGAAGCUAAACGAGUGAAAGAGUCAAGGUCAGGCGGAACACAAGCAAAAGAACAACUGAUGUUUGCUAAUGCAGAAGAAGAAUUUUUUCAUGAGGUUGCUGCCCUUGCAUUUAACUAUUCAGUCCAAGAAGAAAGCGAUUCUUUCCUUGGUGGUCGCUGGUCUUUUGAUGAUGUUCCAAUGAAGCCUUUCCGUACAGUCAUAUUAAUCCCAGCAGACAAAAUUCCACAGAUUAUGGACAAAUUAAAAGAGUACUUAUCAAUAUAAGCCAGCUGUCCAAAUUCAAAAUAAGAGGUAAUUCUGUCACUUGUAAUCACUCAAAGAUGCUUUGGGGAUACAUCUGGAUGAAAAUAAACAGUAAAAUUACAUAAUUUAGAAGUCUGAAAGUUUGGCACAAAACCUGUUUUAAUUUUAGGAAUAUAUUGCACCCAGAAAUUUUACACUUGGGUAAAUUGUGCUUUUUUGAAUCCAUAAUUAUGUAUACCAUCCAAAUCAAACAUGCUGUACAUAAGAUAUGUUAUAAAACAAUUCUUAAAUAAAAACACUUGCAAAAUG